GCUAUGACGCAUAAGGAAGCGUGUCGGAGAAAAAAAGGGUCACUCCUGAGAAACGUGGUGUUCAUCUGCACAAUGACAGCUUCAAAGAAAGUGGCAUCUUUGCGUUUGCCUCCAUUGCCCACAGUAGGGGAGCUGAUAAAGCUGUACAACCUGCGAGCUAAGAAACAGCUUUCCCAGAACUUUCUGCUGGACUUGAGGCUCACAGACAAGCUAGUGCGUCAGGCUGGCAAUUUGAGGGGUGCCCAUGUGUGCGAGGUGGGUCCUGGCCCCGGAGGUCUCACUCGCUCCAUUCUUAACACUGGAGUGGCAGAUCUGCUGGUUGUGGAAAAAGAUUCACGAUUCAUCCCUGGGCUGAAGCUGUUGUCUGAGGUAGCACCAGACAGGAUGAGGAUCAUCCAAGGUGACAUAUUAACUUACAGAAUGGAUAAAGGAUUCCCAGCAGAGGUCUCCAAGCCAUGGGAAGCAGACCCACCAAAUCUUCACAUCAUUGGAAACCUUCCAUUCAACGUGUCAACUCCUCUCAUUAUCAAGUGGCUUGAAAAUAUGGCCAACAGAACCGGGCCGUUCGCCUACGGACGCACACGACUCACACUCACUUUCCAGAAGGAGGUGGUAGAGAGGUUGACAGCCAGCACAGGCAGCAGACAGAGGUGCCGUCUGUCCAUCAUGGCUCAGUAUCUCUGCACCGUCCACAAGUGCUUCAUCAUCCCUGGGCAAGCCUUUGUUCCCAAACCAAAGGUGGACGUGGGAAUAGUUCACUUCACCCCACUGGUUCAGCCUCAGAUUCAACAGCCCUUCAAGCUGGUGGAGAAAGUCGUCAGGAACCUUUUCCAGUUCCGUAGGAAGCACUGCUACAAAGGACUAGAAAAGUUGUUUCCUGAGGAGUGUCGUGCAGAGCUGACGCAGGAGUUGAUGCAGAGGGCGGACGUGGACCCAGUUCUGCGACCCACAGAACUCACCAUACCACAUAUACGGGCUUUAUCGGAGGCCUACGCUCAUCUCUGCGCCCGUGAACCCAGUUUCUUCAGCUACGAGUUCAGAGAGGACCUCAGACUGAAGCACCUAGGCAUGGAUAAACAAAUGCCAGUGGAUUCGCUCAAGGAUUCAACCUAGAGUUUUCCUCAACUGGGUUGAGGAAAACUAUUGUAGGUGGGCAGAAGCAAAAAACGGAUAAAACCACGAGAAACCCAUUAAUAGACUCUUAGCAAAUGGAGACAACACAUUGCUCUUAGCUUUGACAUUUCCACCUGGCAUAGACAUGCAUUUUUAAACAUUCUUCCUGCACCCUGGGAGAAAUAAGCAAUUUGAAAUACAUGAAUAGUGUAAC